AUGGACAGUAAGAGGGAGAUGAAGAAGCGCAAUGAGUCCGAUAUUGGAGCAAUCUCGACACCUUCGCCGUUAGUAACGCGUAAGAAGGGAAAGAAGCGGAAGAAUCGGAAGGAAAGUGAUGGAGACGAAAUCCCUGCCUUGAAUAAGAAAGUUGAUCAAAUAGGUAAUUGUCUUAACGAGCUGACUGGAAUUGUCAAAAAACUUAACAAGAAUUCAGAGAUGUCAUCAAAGGAGAAAGAAAUUCCAAAGAAGGUAGAAUAUGAGUGCUUAUUCGAAAAUGAAGAUUCUGAUAUGGGAAACGGACAGACCAUAUUCGUUAGGGGGUUCGACUGUUCCUUUCCAAUUGAUGAUAUCAAGAGCACAUUGACAAAACACUUCAGUUCUUGUGGAGAGGUUUGGAGGGUUUUUCUUCCGUAUGAGUGUAAAACCGGUUCUCCCUUAGGAUUUGGUUUCGUUAAUAUGAUAAGAGAUGCACACAAGGGCUUAGCACUCAAUGGAACCUACUUGGGAGGGAUGAGGCUUCAGGUUACAAUGGCUAUAGACAGAACCGAGUACUAUGGCUUUACUAAUUUCAGUGGUUGUGAGCGUUGUGGUAGAGCUUUGAAUAAGCGCCGUAUGAAACGAUUCCAAGAGAAUUUCGGAAGGCGAAUCACUCCCCCCCCAGGCGCCGUUUUUAAGACUCCCAAGCAAAAUGAUGAAGCAAAAUGA